AUGGCAUCUUACGAACAUACGGCGAAUACGGAGCAUACUUACGUCGAGAAUGCCUACAUCGAAAACGGCCUUCAUCCCGUACAUCACUCCGACAAGAUUGUCGGCGGGCCAAUAGAGCACCAGUACGAUGGCCAGUAUUAUGGGGGAUACACACAAAUCAGCGCGGCCACGACACUCAAGGCAGAAAAGAGGAUAUGCGGUGCCCGGAAACCAGUCUUCUUUCUGUGGUGCAUCAUCGGCUUUAUGGCGGCCAUGCUGGUGAUGGUUGCCGGCGUGUUUGGGGCUAUGAUAGCGAACCAGGAUGCAAAGAUACAGAACCUUCAGCAAAACACCGGCGGGACAAGAACCACCUCAGCAUCCGCAGCCGCCACGACCUGGGUCGAAAUCUCCGAUUGGGAGUACGUUGGCUGCUAUCGUGAUAACGACCAAAGAACUAUGCGCGACGCGUACCAAAAUUACACCACAAGUCAGACGAAUCGACAGUGCAAAGCGUUCUGCGAAAAGAACUACGACUACUUCGGUACCGAGACUGGGGGCGAGUGCUACUGCUCCAGCACAGCGCCAAGCGAAGACGCGCUCUCGCCGGCGUGGAACUGUAAUGCACCCUGUAGAGGGAGCAGUGAUGGAGAGAUUUGCGGGGGAGGAUGGUUUCUGAGCGUGUGGAAGAAGACGAAAAAGGCUUGA